CCUAAUCCUGUCAGACAGACAGACAGAUAGGCAAAAGUAGAGAGAGGACAACUUAGGACGCACAGAGCACCUCUCACUGUCUUACUUUGUCUAAUGCAUCUUCCAAUAGGACGGCGGUGAUUAAUAUACACUCCAUUUUACUGGACCCGAGGACCCUGACUCUCCUGUUACAGAAAGACUCUCAAGAAUCAUGGUCCGUGUCGCAGCCCUGAUCACUUUUUUGACUUGUAUGGCGCUGUCAUUAGCCCAACAUGAGGAGGGCUACUGCGCUUUCUAUGAGGAGUGCGGUCGUAACCCGUCACUAGGAGUCACUCUCAUUCCUCCUAUCGUCCCCUGUCUCAACUACAGUCGUGCCCGUCACCUCACAGGAGAGCACUACAAGAAACUCCAAGAGGUGUGUCCCAUUUUGGACCGUGGAGAGAACAACACAUACGCCUGCUGCUCCAUCAAACAGCUGACAUCCCUGGAACUCAGUCUGACCCUGUCCAAGGCUGUGCUCGUCCGCUGCCCUUCCUGCACUGAAAACUUUGCUCACCUGCACUGCAUCAACACCUGCAGCCCCAACCAGAGCCAGACAGUAAAAGUCACAAAGGUCAUGAAUGUCACUUACCUGGGCAAGAAGAAGGAAGCCGUGGUAGGUUACCAGUCAUUCAUCAGCAGCACCUUUGCAGACACUGCCUUCCAGUCUUGUAAAAAUGUCAGGAUCCCUACAACAGGGGGCUUUGCCAUCGCCACCAUGUGUGGUAAGUAUGGCGCCAAGCUGUGCAACGCCCAGCACUGGUAUGACUUCCAGGGAGACUCUAGUAAUGGCCUGGCCCCACUGGACAUCGAUUUCAACCUGAUAAAAGAGGGAGACACUGAGGGACUACCAAAGGGUGUGAUUCCCUAUAAUGGACGCGCUCUAAAGUGUAACGAGACCACGCCAUCUGGAGGUAUGGUCUGCUCCUGCCAGGACUGCCAAGAGUCAUGCCCAAAGAUGCCGCCUCCUCCACUUCCCCCCAGCCCCUUCAGACUGUUGGGGACAGACGGCUUCCUUGUGAUUUCUAUCAUCUUACUCUGUCUCCUGAUAUUUUCCUUCCUUCUCUACAUCUCCGUCGCUUGCUGGGUGAAGUCUCGGAAAAGACAGGAUGGAAUGAAAGGGAAGAAAAAGGGGAAAGACCAGAACAGUAAUAAUGUAACUCAGCAGGUCAUUGAUCCAUCAGAGGUGACAUGUGCUGAAAGGAACACCAUGGCUGCCCAAGCUUUCCUAAGCUUAAAGUUUUGCCAGUGGGGAACCCUCAUGGCCACAUAUCCCCUAACGGUGCUCCUGUUGUCAGCUAUAGUCGUUGCUGUUUUCUCUGUUGGCCUGAAGUCCAUUGAGCUCACCACUGACCCAGUCGAGCUGUGGUCUGCUCCCAACAGCCGCGCCCGCCAGGAAAAAGACUUCCACGACACAUAUUUUGACCCUUUCUUCAGGACGAACCAGGUGAUCUUGACAGCACCCGGCAGAAAAGGCCACAUUUACGACUCGUUGCUGUUUGGACCACAGAACUUUAGCGGGCUCGUAUCCAAAGAUCUCAUCAUUGAGCUGCUGGAGCUCCAAAAACGCAUCACGAACAUUGAGUUCUGGUCAGAGGAUUUGAACCGCACAGCAAGUCUGAAGGAUGUUUGUUUUGCACCGCUGAACCCAUCCAACCCCUCCCUGACGGACUGUGCGGUCAACAGCUUGCCACAGUACUUCCAGAACAGCCUGAAAAACAUUAACGCUAAGGUGAACAUGACAGAGCUGGGAGUGACCAAAGAGGUGGACUGGAGAGACCACUUAAUCUACUGCCUCAACUCUCCCCUGUCCUUCAAAGACAUCACUGAUUUAGGUAUGAGCUGCAUGGCUGAUUACGGAGCGCCAGUCUUCUCUUUCCUGGCUGUGGGAGGCUAUGAGAAUGACGACUUCACCAACGCUGAGGCUUUCAUCCUGACUUUCUCACUCAACAACUAUGCUCGCACUCAUCCCAAGUUCAAAGUGGCAAUGCAGUGGGAGACAGAGUUUCUUAAAAUUGUCCAGGACUACCAGAAAAACCCUGCCACUAACUUCACCUUUGCAUACAUGGCAGAGAGGUCUCUGGAGGAUGAGAUUAAUCGGACAACAGCGGAGGACAUCCCCAUCUUCAUGAUCAGCUAUGCUGUAAUUUUUGUUUACAUUGCUGUGGCCUUGGGGGAGUACACUUCAUGGAAACGCAUACUGGUGGACUCCAAGUUUCUGGUGGGUCUGGGUGGGAUCCUGGUGGUCGGCUGUGCUGUUCUGGCCUCCAUGGGCUUCUACUCCUGGAUCGGCCUUCCCUCCUCGCUGAUCAUUCUGCAGGUUGUGCCUUUCCUGGUGCUGGCUGUCGGAGCUGACAACAUCUUUAUCUUUGUUCUGGAGUACCAGAGAGAUGUACGGAGGUCUGGAGAGAAGAGAGAGGAGCAGAUUGGGCGUGUUCUUGGAAACGUGGCUCCCAGCAUGCUUCUGUGCAGUCUUUCUGAGUCUGUCUGCUUCUUUCUAGGGGCCCUCUCUACAAUGCCAGCAGUGAAGUCCUUUGCUCUGUAUGCUGCUCUGGCCGUGCUCAUGGACUUCAUCCUUCAAAUCACAGCCUUUGUGGCACUGCUGUCCCUAGAUGCCCGACGCCAAGACAGCAACCGCUGUGAACUGCUCUGCUGUGUUAAAGUGUCAACCAAGCGGCCCCAAAAGCCAAAUGAGGGCUUCCUGCUGCCCAUCAUGAGGAAAUACUACGCCCCUGUCCUGUUGCACCGCUACACCAGGAUCAUAGUGAUGUUGGUUUUCAUCUUCAUGCUCUGUGCAUCAAUGUUCCUCAUGUUUAACGUGACCGUGGGUCUGGAUCAGGAGCUGGCUAUGCCUCAGGGCUCUUAUAUGCUGGAUUAUUUCCAGUACCUGUACAAAUACUUUGAAGUUGGAGUCCCUGUUUAUUUUGUAACAAAAAGGGGCUUCAACUUCACCACUGUGGAGGGCAUGAAUGCAGUCUGCUCCAGUGUGGGCUGUGAUCAGUUCUCGCUAACCCAGAAGAUCCAGUACGCCACCAAUUACCCUGAACUAUCCUACUUGGCUAUUCCUGCUAACUCCUGGGUAGAUGAUUUCAUCGACUGGCUGAACCCUGGAUCCAGAUGUUGUCGUCUGUACACCGUCGGUCCAAAUGUUGGAAAGUUCUGUCCUGCAAGUGUAACAGUUCCUUUUGUCUGUGGCAAGUGUAUGGAUAAACCUUCAGAUGGCGUCCUCAGGCCCAGUAUGGAACAGUUCAACCGAUUCCUCCCUGACUUCCUGGGAAACAGGCCUGACCUGCAGUGCCCCAAAGGUGGCCUUGGAGCCUAUGACACGGCUGUGGUGAGAGAUGAGAGUGGAGAAAUUAUAGCUUCUCGGUUCAUGGCUUACCACACACCUUUAACCAACUCUCAGGAGUUCACUGCUGCACUCCAGAAGUCCAGGGAGCUGGCCUACAACAUCACCAUGGGCAUGAGGAAAAUACCAGGCACCUCACCUGACUUUGAAGUAUUUCCUUACACGUUGACUAACGUAUUUUACGAGCAGUACCUGACGAUUGUUCCAGAGGGGCUCUUCAACAUCUCCCUGUGUCUGCUGCCGACCUUCGUGGUGUGCUGUCUGCUGCUGGGUUUGGAUCUGCGCUCCGGUCUGCUCAACCUAAUCACCAUCAUCAUGAUCGUUGUGGAUACCGUUGGUGUCAUGACACUGUGGGACAUUGAUUAUAACGCAGUGGCCCUCAUCAAUCUGGUCACGGCAGUGGGAAUCUCUGUGGAGUUUGUGUCCCAUAUGACAAGAUCCUUUGCACUCAGCAGUAAGCCCACACAUGUAGAAAGAGCUAAGGAGGCUACCGCCAACAUGGGCAGCGCGGUGUUUGCUGGUGUUGCUAUGACCAACCUGCCAGGCAUCCUUGUGCUGGCGUUUGCCAAAGCGCAACUCAUCCAGAUCUUCUUCUUUCGAUUAAACCUGGUCAUUACACUUUUGGGGUUGGCUCAUGGACUUAUAUUCCUUCCUGUGCUGCUCAGCUACUUUGGUCCUGGUGUAAAUAAAGCAGUGCUGCUGCAGCUCCAGCAGGCCAAGGCAAAGGCCAGCCAGGAUCUGGAAAUGAGAAACAAUAUGAAACACGUCUAUGAUAACAUAAACUUUGAAGAUAACGAGAUAAAAAAACCCUACAAAGAGGAGAGAAUUGACCGUUUCUGAGCACCAACAACAAAACAAUGUUUAAGCUCUGAUGAGUAAAUACCUCUGUAACAAACUGAACACGGAUGGACACUUUAAAGGAGAGAGAUAGCAAACAAGGAGUCAUGUAUUUGGCUCUGUAUGGAAAUCAUUAACUGAACUAUGUACCUCAAUCAGAAAUGGACCAGUGGGACUGAAGACAGUAAAACAAUGCAACAACAACUUGCAAUGCAAGAGUGGGUGAUUGCAAUGAGAAUCAGCCUUCCUGUCUCAACAUGUGAAAAACUGCAUGUCUGUCUUCACAAGCACUGCAGCUGGGCACGAUUUGUUGUUCAAUUGUGAAAUUAUUUGACAGUACAGGAAGUCGACAAAUGUUCUUAAAUUAGUCAUUUUGUAUUAUUUUUUUAUUGAAUGUAAUUGUUUAGUUUUUGUUUAUUGUUCACAUUAGCACUGUUUAGAGUGAUUUAAAGGAACACACACUCCAGAAUUUCAUAUUAGUUUUUUUCAAUAGCAGUACAUUGGCAUUGCUGUAAAAUGUGCAAUCAUUGAAAAGAUAUUAAAUAUAUUUAAACAUUU